AUAGAUUAGCUUUAAGAAAUUGAUCAUGGCCAAUUAUAAUAUCUAAAAAUGCAUCAUGUGAUGAUGAUUUCCUGGCUGUUUCUGGUGGUAUCAAUGAACCCCUACGAUAAGUAAAAGAGAGAACAAGUUUACGCGAACAAAAAAUCUCGGGAGAGGAUCAGCACAGAAGGAAGAAAAGAACAAACAAUGAACAGUGUGUUCUCAGUCGACGAUUUCUCCGACUCCUUCUGGCCGUCUCCUCCUCUGUCUCCACAAUCAACAGCUCCGGCGAUGAAUAGAAGCGAAUCGGAAUGGGCGCUAGAGAAGUUUCUACUAGAAGCCUCCGCGGUCUCCGUAUCCAGCGAUACCAACAUCGCCGCUCAAUCGGCGCUUUCUCAAUCGACCACGUCAUCGAUACCUCCUGAGAAUGGUGAGGAUGAGGUGGUGGAGAUCACAAAGCAUCCAAAUCCUCAUCCGCAGCGGUUGGGUCGCAAUCCAACGAACCUGAUUGAUUCCGACCGCGCUCUUCUCAAGUCGAAGCUCUAUCGCGCUUGUACUGCCGUGGCCAUGUCUAGGGAAUCCGAUGCUAUAAAGCCGGAAGAUUUCUCUUCGUUACUGGAAGAUCAAAGGCUAGCUGCUGGAAAUGUUUCUUUGGGAACGCAAGCUUUUCGCACUGGUCAUGGCAUCUCAAUGGCACAAAUUGGGGCAGAUGGUGGAUCACCUGGCAUUCCAGCUUUACCCACUGCACAGAAAAAACAAGAGGUCCAAACCAGGCAAACAACCAGUGGGUCAUCAAGAGAAGAUUCGGAUGAUGAUGACCUUGAAGGAGACACGGGAACCAAUGAAAAUAGGGAUCCUACUGAUGCAAAACGCGUGAGGAGGAUGCAGUCAAAUCGAGAGUCAGCUAGACGCUCUAGAAGAAGAAAACAAGCACAGCUGAAUGAACGUGAAACACAGGUUGGUCAACUAAGGGAUGAACGCUCUUCUCUGCUAUCACGCUUCACUGAUGUAAAUCAAAAGUGUGAUGCUGCUUCUGUUGAUAAUAGAAUUUUGAAGGCUGAUAUUGAAACCUUAAGGGCAAAGGUCAAGAUGGUCGAAGAACAAGUUAAACGAGUGACAGGUUUGAACCCAAUGCUUCUCGCAGGGUUUAACGUGCCUAGCCCUGGGAUGCCAUUUGUUGGUGGCCAGGUGGAUGCAUCUACAAAUGUAUCUGUACCAAUGCAACCAAACCCCCACCAAUUCUUUCAUCAGCCAGUUCAUGGUAUUACCCCUGCUGCUCCACAUCUCCAAAGACUAAACAACAGCUACCCUGAUAACUUAGUUCCUCUUGCCACAAACCCCCAAACUGACAAUGGAACCAGUAAUAAUGGUGGAAUGGCUUCAAUGAAACUCACAGCUGGUGGCCGAAGUCUGGGUGCCAUGCCUUCCACGCAACAGGUGCAAAAGCAAGUUGGUGCUACUGGCGGUCCUGCUGGGGCUGUGCCUAUGCGUGACCCGGGACUUCCUCAUGUGUUUGGAAAGGAUGGCCAAAAGAAAUGAAUCGGGUUUUGCCCCCGUCCAUUCUGGUGGUUUUUGGGAAAUGGGGCAUGCAAAGUUUGUCUCGUGGUACAAACACGAGUUGAAAUAAUUCUGACUUUCAAGACAUGCUGGGUUUUCUGCGUAUAGUUUACAAAUAAACCUUUUCUGCUAGUAGAUCAUCUUAUUUUAUUUUUUUCAUCUAGACGCGGGACAUGUUUAUGCAACAUAGCGUGUCAAUAGGAGCAUUGCUUAUAACGAUCUCCAUUCAAGGGGCCGUUGUAAUUAUCCUUGCAUGUUAGAUUUUGAAGAUGGAAGACAUUUCACGAUGGCAUUAAAACUUA